GAAUUAUAUGGUUAAAGUUAUGAUAAACGAUUCCAGCUGCAAGUCUCUGUAUCUGCCACGGAAGACAGCAUCACAUCUCUACCAAGAAGUUAAGAAUUUCCCUUCAUUUUUAAUGAACGAUCAGUUGUUGAUGCAUGGAGAUGUCGACGAAGUAGAUCCCAGAAACUAUGAGUCUAAAAACGUUCUAGACGUUUUCUUAUUUGAUGAAUUCAUUGUGUUUACCAUUUGUGAUGAAUACAAGGAUAUUCAUUCCAAAAUCCUUGAGUCUGUUCACAAACUGUCAGAACUUCAGUUUUUUAUGCACGAGAAGAACAUCUUGAGCAUGGAAACUACUUCUGGACAGUCCCUUACGCCUGAGGGAGCAAGGAUCAGACUUUUUCGUAUACCAGAGAGCAAAGCGAGCGAGUGGAUAAAGCAGCUCAAGUCCUGUGAUGUGAGGAUAGAGAUGAAGGAGAAGCUGCAGCACCGCUCCGAGGACUUGCCUGGCGUGGUGGAGGACGAGGAGGUGAACUUCAACAAAAGCAAAAGAAGGGUUCCUCUCGGGGAUUACAAAAACAAGCCGAUUGGGGACUGCAGACCGCGGAGCUACUCGCACGAUCCUAAAUCACCGUCCGUAAAUGUUUCAGACCUGAGUUUCACGAUGGCCGCCAUGUCAAACAACGACACAACCCUUGACCAGCCCUGGAACAAAACGGAGACCAGCCUGGAACAGCAGACCAACACCUCGGAUGACAGCACCACAACUGACUCGUACGGUUCAGAACGCCAGAGCAAGCGCUCCAUGCCACGAUCACUCUCCGUUGACAAUACUCCUCGUGUUAGUGUGACAAACGCCAACAAACCCCACUCCCUGCCCAGCAACCUCAAGUCUGUCAAAGUGAAGAAACACUCGAACAAUAAAGUAUACCAGUAUAUCGUCAAGACGAUCGGACUCACUAAAUCUACAGCCGAACAGGGUGGUUUGUGUCGUCACAUAGGUAACCGCUACGCGCACGGUUCUCCUGAACUGAACUGUAGAGCAAGCAGUGAGAUUCAUUACAGACAUUCUUCGGAGACUGAGUCCAUGUUGAGUAUCCUGACCUUGAAACCAGUGCAGAUAGCUCAAGAGCUGACGAGGUAUCAGGCUGAAAUGUUGCAGGCUAUUUCCCCGCUCGAGCUCCAGAAAGGAGCCUGGACUUCUAAAAAGAAGUACACGACAGCACCUAAUGUUAUUAGAAUGAUAGAGUUCCACAAUCAUCUGAUAAAGUGCAUGUUUGGAAAGUGGAUCUUACAAGAGCAUAACGUGGAAAAAAGAGCUAAAGUCAUCAAACGGCUCAUCACGAUAGCGGAGGAGUGUCGCCAGCUGAACAACUUUGAGACGGUCCACACUAUAAUCCAAUGUCUGACUCUAAACGCGAUAUCACGACUCAGUAAGACUUGGGAACUACUCAAUGGAACCAGCAAGAAACUAUUCACUUCGCUAUCUAACCUUGUACAUUCGCGGAUGAGAUGGAAGAACUACAAGAUAGCACUGGAGGUAGCAAAACGUAAAGGCUACUUUAUACCAAUCCUGCCAGUAUUUCUCAACUACCUUGAACACUCAAACCUCUUCUACCACGAACAGAAUGUGGAAAAGCUUGUGUACAUCCAAGAGGAUAACUACAGUUGGACCGAAUUAAGUCGGAGUGGUGAACAACGCGGAGCUGGUGGAACUGAAAAGACAGGCAGCAUAAGUAAAGGCUCCUUCAAAUGGUUGCGGAGCAAGAGUCUGUCCACAUCACCCUCGCCCCUGAGAUCUCAUAUUGAGGAGAAGCUCCGGGAAAAUGUACAGAGCAUUGUAGAGCAAACCAACUCGGGAAAAGAAGAAGGAUCGAGAGAAAACUCAAAUUUGACACUCGAAGAAACACCACUUUACUUGCUCCGACUAUAUCAACUGAACAGUGCGCAGUAUUGCUUACCUCCCUCGCCAAUUGUGGCUAAAUUCCUCCAACUUCCUUUCACUCAAUGCAGCAACGCCUCAGAAGAAAGGUGGCAGGAAGUGUGGAACCAGAUGUGUGUCAUGUCAGAGAAAUUGGAACCGCCCGUUCCAAAAUGAGAACUUGAUCGACUCCAAAAACCGCCACGAUAUCAUCUUGUCAGCUGGUAUUCGGAAAUCUCUAGCUCUGUUCAAAGAGCAGUAACUGUCAAUUGUAAAUUCCCAUAUCAUUGGGAGAUUUUUCAGAAUGAUCCAGAACCUGAAUUGUUGGAUUAUUUUUUGAUGUUUUUGUUGAUUCGCCUGCCCAGUAUUGUUUGUUCUCUGAUAUAAUGAUAUCUCCUUAAUAUUUGUAUUUAAAUUAUGUUUUACAUGUUAGAUUAUAGAUAAUCUAUUUUAGUUGAAAUAAUCAGAUUGGCUAUGAAUUAAAUUGUUUUA